UCAAUAUCAAAUCAAGCUCACAGCUCCAAGUAGUAACAGCUACCAAAAACAAAAAACCAACAAUCAACAUGAAAUUCUUCGCCGUCUGCUUCUUCGCUGUUGUGGCCGUGGCUGCUGCCAAGCCCGGAAUCGUGGCUCCUCUGGCCGCCGCUCCUCUGGCCUAUACCGCUCCGGCUGUGGUGGGCAGUGCCGCCUACGUGGCUCCCUACGCCUCCAGCUACACCGCCAACACGGUGGCCCACAGCGCCGCCUUCCCCGCCGCCUACACCGCUGCUUACACCGCUCCCAUUGCCGCCGCCUAUACCGCCCCCGUUGCUGCCGCCUAUACUGCUCCAGUGGCCCGCUUUGCCGCCCCCUACGCCGCCGCCUACACCUCCCCCCUGGCCUACAGCUCGCCCUAUGUGGCCAGUCCCUACAUCGCCACCGCUGCCGCUCCUCUGCUGCUGAAGAAGUAAAUCAACAGAUUGUGAUUCCUACGGAAAAUAUUUCCCUGUGAGCUUGGCUCAUAGCUUGGCAUUUAUUUUUCUAGACCUCAAGAGAAGAUUUUGUAUGCAAAUUAAACUAUCUGAAAUUUAAA